AUGUAUCAAAAUUCAUGUGCAGUCACUGGAGUAUGUCAUGAACAAGAUCAAAAUGAUUCAAUGAUUUUCCAAGAACCAUCAUUGCUUUGUGUGGAGUCGGAUUAUAGUGGAUUUGAUAUUGUUAAAGCAACACAAUAUGGAGCCUUAUCACGAGUCAGAGAACUAGUUGAAUCAGGUUGGGAUAUAAAUCAACCUGAUAAGGAAACAGUAACUCUUCUGCAUUGGGCAGCGAUUAAUAACAGGCGGGACAUAAUUGAUUACCUUAUUGAACGCGGGGCAAAUAUUGACGCAGUGGGGGGAGAACUAAAUGCGACUCCACUUCACUGGGCUACAAGACAAGGGCAUUUAGGAGUAUGUGUGCAACUCAUGCGAGCUGGAGCGGAUCCAACACUCCGAGACACUGAAGGUUGUUCCUGCAUUCAUAUAGCAGCACAAUUUGGACACACAGCACUUGUCGGAUAUUUUAUUGCUCGUGGAAUCAAUGCAGACUUGCAAGAUCGAAGUGGAAUGACAGCUCUUAUGUGGGCGUCAUGGAAAAUUCAAGCGCUUGAUCCUGUAAGACUACUAUUAACCCUGGGUGCGAAUGAACAAUUACUCGAUAAUGUUCAUGGGAAUACUCCUCUUCAUUGGGCUAUUCUUAGCAGAAAUGCAAUCUGCAUUAAGACACUCAUAUUCAAAAGUAAAGCAUCUCUGGAUAUUCCAAAUUUACAUGGUGAUACUCCUUUGAGGAUGCUUCAACAGCACGUUGGGUCAGCUUGGCUUGGUGAUAAAGUUACUAAAAAAAUUAUGGAUAUCACAAAACAGAGAAACUAUUCAAAGUUUAAAAAGUUUUUAUUUUUAAAAUUGACCAGUGACAGCACAAUGCGAUAUUGGACUAUGAUUUUCAUGCCUUUCCUUUUUUUUUAUGCAACUGGACAAAUCAUUUCAAUUGAUACUUAUUUUGUCAUAAGGAUAUUGCUUAUUGCCUGUUUAUAUGUGAUAGCAUCUACUUUAGGGAAAACAAUGUUUGAUGAUAAACUUCUGACUAUGCUUCCCCUGAGUAUUUAUCUAGGAACUAAGGUUUGGUUUUAUCUCACGUGGAUCAUUUACGUUACGCCAUUAGAACCUUUAUUUACUACAUGCCUAUUUAUUGUAUCAUCUGGAGGUCUUUGGUAUUGCUUCCUUAAGUCAUGGAGAGCAGAUCCUGGUGUUAUAAAAAAUUCAAAGGAACUACGCUAUCGUACUAUCAUUGAACUUUCAGAGCGAGAUGGAAGUGGCUUUGAACCCUCUGUAUUUUGUUCGGCGUGCUUGCUUCUUCGUCCGGUUCGUUCAAAGCAUUGCUCUGUCUGUGAUCGAUGCGUUGCAAAAUUUGACCACCAUUGCCCAUGGGUUGGCAAUUGCAUUGGAGCAAAAAACCAUAAAUUCUUCAUUGGUUUUUUGGUAAUGUUAAUAGUUAUGUGUAUAUGGAUGCUUUAUGGCGGAUACAUUUACUAUUCCCAAAUGUGUUACUUACAAUAUGAAAACGGUCUUUGGGCUGCUCUACUUAUUGUAAGUCACUGUACACCCUGGGUUGGGUGGGUUAUGAUGAACGCAUCGGCACAUCUGAUUUGGGUAACGAUUCUUCUUAUCUGUCAACAGUAUCAAAUUAUUUGCCUAGGAAUGACUACUAAUGAAAGAAUGAAUCGAGACAGAUAUCGUCAUUUCAUCAAUAAGGGCGGAAAAAGCCCAUUUGAUCGUGGACCGUUCAAAAACCUAGUAGACUUCAUAGACUGUGAAAGCACAGGAAUUUUCAAACCUUUACGACGUGACUGGCUUAAUUUUUUUUGGUUAGAUUUAAAUGAUGGCAAAUCAAGCGGAGAAGAAAAUUUGUUAAGAGUAACAGAUAAUUAUCAAUAUGUGUGAAAACUUUAAGAAAUAAUCAAUCAGCAGAUUAUAAUUAUU